UAGGCCGGAACUGUUGUGGACGUAGAUCCAUGUAGAAGCUAGGCCCCCUAAAAGUAAGCCAGCCAGUGAGGAUAAGAGAACUUUCUUGAUUUUGGAUAGUCUUAAGUUCUAAAGAUUUUAAAUUACAAUUUGAGCGUUUGCAUACAUGGGUCAAAUUUAAGGUGUUUGUUUUAACUACGUGUUUAUAGCUUUGUAUCGAGGAGAAGUAUUAAGAUUUUUAGCUAGCUAACAUAGCCUACCAGGUUUGUGGCUAGCCGCCCGGCUAGCAGACUUAAAGGAAUAUUUUUACAUUUUCAUUCGACAUUACUUCAGUCAGCACAGUUUUUCUUGGAUACUGUAUCAAAGGUUGUCCUCCACAUCACCAUGAAACUGUACAGUUUGAGUGUCUUACACAAGGGAGCCACAAAGUCCAACCUGCUAAAAGCUGCCUAUGACCUGUCAUCCUUCAGCUUCUUUCAGAGAUCCAGUGUGCAGGAGUUCAUGACCUUUACCAGCGCACUGAUUGUGGAGCGGUCUGGUUUGGGAAGUCGGGCAUCUGUGAAAGAGCAAGAAUACCUAUGUCACGUGUACGUACGAAACGAUUCUCUUGGUGCAGUAGUGAUCGCGGACAGUGAAUACCCAUCCAGAGUUUGUUUCACUUUACUUGAUAAGGUAUUGGACGAUUUCUCAAGGCAAGUGGACCGUAUUGACUGGCCUUCCGGUUCCCCAGCGACCAUUCAGUUCAAUGCCUUGGAUGCCUACCUGGCCAAAUACCAGAAUCCCAAAGAAGCUGAUGCCAUGACGAAAGUCCAAGCCGAACUAGAUGAAACAAAAAUUAUCCUUCACAACACAAUGGAGUCACUCCUGGAGCGAGGUGAGAAGUUGGAUGAUUUGGUACAGAAGUCAGAGCACCUUGGCAACCAGUCAAAAGCUUUCUACAAAACGGCAAGGAAACAGAACUCGUGUUGUGAGGUGAUGUGAUGUCAGGGGGUGAUGCGACAGAUCUGACUCCUCCCAGCCGCCAUCUUUCUUUCUUUCUUUCUCUUUUUCUCUCCUCAAAUCUCUUUCUCCUUCUCUGUCUCUGGCUGGGGCAGACGCAUUACAGCUCUCAGAUGUCACGGAGGAAACGAGGGGGGAUAUUCACAGGAAAUGAAGACUUCUGAGGGAGAGGCAAUCACAAAACAACGGUUCAUAAGGGGUCACCAGGGGUCUGAUUUCCCAGAGUGCACCACACAUGUGCUGCUGCUUGUCUGGAGAGUUAGUUUAAGGGGGGUGUGAGUGCAGCCAGUGCAGUAACCUCAGGCCCUUCUCCCAUGGGCUGGACAGUGGAGUACAGGCAUCGCAUAGAGCGAGGGCCCAGUGACCCCCCCCCCCCCCCCCCCCCCCCACCGUGCCUUACUUUAGAUGGCCAUUUGUUUCAUGUGCAAAACACCCCAACCCUUCGCAUUCCACACAGAAAUGAACAGACAUGUGUAGAAAGCUGGCCGCCUAAUAUGCAAUGUCUGUAAUGUUAAGAAGCACUACUGCAUCUCCAUCUAGAUCAUAGGAGAGCCGAAAGUGUUCAGUGCAAUUUUAAAAGUGCAUUUGAUGGAACUCAAAACUGUAGUAUCGCUUUAAUGUGGUGGUGUUUUUUGUAUGUCGAGUUAAACUCUCAUUGUGAGAUUCGACUGAGUACAAUGAUUUUUUUUUUUUGGAUGUGUUGUAAACAGUGUAGUGUGCGUGUAAAUGUGCUGUAAGUCUUAAUGACCAAAUUUAUAGAUGGGACAGUCGACUGGAAAAUCAUGAUAAUCUUAAGAUGGACUGUAGGGGGUGGGGUAUUACACAAUAAAAAUGGUCUUAUAACGUCAGGUUUCCACCUGUUCUGUCCUAUAACAAACUGACAACAUACACUUCUUAAAGAUGUGCAUGUAUUUAACGAGUCACUCUUCACUCCAUCUUCCUUAAGCACAUGUGAAUAUCAUUGUAUUUUAUAUUUGCCGCCAGUGUUCAGGGUUUAGUGAAAUGUAAAGCGUCACAGCAGUGUGUGUGUGUGUGGUCACAUGAUGAAAUCAGUCCCCGCCCUCUCAUUGGAUGUUAAAGCUGUUGUCAGUAUUCUGUAUGGAUAUGGGCGGAUGUGUUUUAAAUGUCUACGGUGUUGUCAGGCACCUUGAAAUUCAGGUGAUUUAGCAGAUUGUUGCCUAAACUGCUUUUGGGUUUUGAGUACUUAAGAGAUGUAUUGUAUCAUCUCUUAUCCAGUUCAUUUAGAACUUCCAUUAGGAAGGAAUGGAAAGAGACUGAUGGGAAAUUUUUUAAUUCACUCAGAUCUGUCCCAUAAAUGGAGGUGCUUGAAGUUAGACUUGACUUCAUACCUCAGUUGAGGAAAACCCGAGGCUGAGCCAGAAAACAUCCUGUAGUGUGAAGUGUGUGUAUUUAUAAGUAAGCUCAUUAUUAUAAACUUGAAGCAUAAUUUCACAUGAAAAAUCUGUCCAGUCUGUCUAUUUAACUUGACGGUGCAGUAAGUUAGCCUCCACAGACACCCAGGAUAGUGGACAAGAUAGCCUCCAUGUUCUGAUGGAUAUAAUACAAAGCAAGGUUACUGGUGUACCCUGGAAACUUCAGUAGUAACCGCUGAUCUCCAAAAGAAUGCUUUACUGCAUGUAUUGCCUCUGAAGUCACAUAUUGUUUUGAGAUUACUGGUAACUACUGAUGUUACCUGGGUGAGCCAGAGACCUCCCUUCGUAGUAUCCCCCUCUGCCCUGGCGAAGCACGCCACUUUCCAGCUGACCGACAAUCUUGGCUGGAGCCUGACCGUGAGGGAUGUGGUGGUGCAGCAAUCACCUUGCAGAUGCCAAGCUGUCAACCCUCACAACAACACAAAUGAUCCACUGUGUGUUAAUUGUGGUUUGAGCCAUGCUUUGCGAAGAACCAUCUUGGGGAGUUAAAACCAUCACGCAUUAAGGCGAUUGGUUCCGCUUACAAACCCACCCACCCCUGAGAGAAACCACAAACACAGUUCCAUUGUACAGUUUUUUGCUCAAGAUCCAAAGUUAAUUUAUCCAUAACAUCAUAUACAUGUUUUGUGAUAGUUUCUGUGAAUCCCCUGUUAAAGCUCAAACAUUUCACUGUUGCCAGGCACAUUUACUAACAUCAAAACAGGUAUAUUUCCUUUGUCAUGUUCAUUUAACAUAACUCAUAUUGAUGGAAAUAGUCAUAUUCAUACAUAACUCAUAUUGAUACAGUAGAAUUACUACCUCAGUUGAGGGUUUUCAAACUGUACUCAAACUCUAAAUUGAGCUGUUAAGGCAUUCGUUGUUACAUCAGGCUUGUUAAGUUAACCAGGAACCAUUAACGUUUUUGUUAAGAUACACCUACAAGCAUAUAGACCCUUUCAACAAGGUAAACAAAAACAAUGCUUGAACGUUCUAUUUGGGCCCCAAUCUACUUCCUCUGCAUUAAGAUAACAUAUGGAAUGUUAAAAAGGAAGUCUUGUGGGGCCAACUAUGACGCUGAUAAUGGAACUCUCUUGAAAGGGUCCAUAACACACCAUUCACUCCAACAUUGCAGUAGCCCUUAGAGAUCUUGGGCCUAGUUACUGCCCUUAUGGAACCUUUGACAAAUAAUGGGCAAAUAGGUGUCUUUCUGUGAGUGGGUGUGUGUGUAGUCCUGUGCUUAUUUAAAUCAAUACAGAAAACUUUGUGACAAGUGUUUUGAACACAAGACUUGAUGUUCUGAUGAUGCAGUGCAGCAGUUUGUGUAUGUGUGCUUUGGUGUUUUUGUGUGUGUGUGUGUUAUCAAGGGGAUAUCCUCUACACCAAUUGCUUCAGGGGGACCUUCAGAGGUGCCUUUUUUUCUAUAAUUUGCCAAAUUGUAUUGGGCCAUUGCCACGCAACUUAAGUAGGGGUCCGUUUCCCCAAACCAUAGUUGCUAACAAAGUUAACAACUUUGUUGGUUGCAAUGCAAUUUCCCCAUUGUCAACCAACCAAGUUGCUAACAGGUUAGCAACUAUGGUUUUGAGAAACGCACCCCAGGGUAGCAACGUGAUUAAAGCAUUCCUAAUAUAACAGAUUCUAAAGCUGCUUGUAGCACAUUUCCUUAAUGUUGUGACAUUGUCUGAGUGGAUGGUUUAGAAAAGCAUAAGAUACGCUCCAAUGCACCUGACAUUUACUAAUUAAUUUUCUGCUCCUUCAAAAAGGUAUAAUAUGAAAUCA